AUGAUUGAAAGCAAUCCAUACAAGCCAAUUCAAGCAAUCCAAAGUCAACUGCUUCGGAAGCAUCAACUUGAAAUAUCACUACAUAAGGUCUUCAGAGCCAAGAGGAUCGCAACUACGAAGAUCUAUGGUGAUUACCAAGAACAGUAUGGUAUGCUAAGGUCAUACUGUGAUGAACUUCUAAAAGCCAACCCAGGUAGUACAAUUAAAAUUGAUGUGGAGCCAUGUGGGAACUCAGCUAGUCCUACAAGGCAGUUUCAAAGGGUUUAUUUUUGUUUUGCCUCUAUGAUGAGAGGAUUUAAGAUGAUUGGAAGACCAUUGCUGGGUGUGGAUGGUUGUUUCAUGAAAGGUCCAAUUCCUGGACAGAUCUUGAGUGUUGUUGGUAUUGAUGGGAACAAUAGCAUAUAUCCAGUUUGUUAUGCCCUUGUUAAGGCAGAAACAACACAAACCUGGAAAUGGUUUUUGCAACUGUUGAGAGAUGACCUAGGGUGUAUGGCUAACUCUUGUUUCACCUUCAUCAGUGACAGACAAAAGACAAAUCGUAUGAGCAAGGGACAAGCCGAUUAUCACAUGCCUAGAAUUCAUUCGGGCAUGACGAAGAGGAUAGUGAAUGUUAAGAAAUUACAAGCAAAGUGUACGGGGCCACUGACUCCUCAUGCCACUGAGGUCUUCGAUGAGAUCAAGAAACAGGCUGCCGAAAUGUCUGUUUUAAUGGUUGAUUCGAACAAAAAGUGGGAUUUGACAGGGAUGCCUUGCAAACAUGCAGUUGCAGCCAUAUGGGAUAUGUCAAGGAAUAGCAUUGAUGCUGGCAUACCAGAAGACUGGGUGGAUGAAGUGUAUUGGCUGUCAACGUGGAAGAAAGUUUAUUACAAUGUCAUAGAGCCAAUCAACGGGCCGGAGAUGUGGACUCCUUCAGAGUGUCCAACAACACUCAUCCCACCAAAGCAUCAUACAUACACAAGUUGGAAGGCCAAAGAAGAAAAGAAAGAAGGCAUAUGGUGA